CCGUCGUACUUUGAGCUUAUCGUGGACGCCAUCAAGGAGCUCAAGGAGCGCAACGGCUCGUCGCGCCAGGCCAUCGCCAAGGUCGUGGAGGCCAAGAAGGUCAACUACGCCAGCCACCACCUGAACAAGGCCCUGCGCACGGCCGUGGACGCCGGCAAGUUCAUCCAGGUCAAGGGCUCGUACAAGCUCUCGCCGGAGCUGCGCAAGCCCGCCGCCACCAAGAAGAAGAGCCUCAAGGUGUCGGACAAGGCUGACAAGACGGUCAAGAAGGUGGCCAAGGUGGCCAAGAAGUCCCCCACGGCCAAGAAGGCCGCGGCCAAGAAGGUUGCUGCCAAGAAGGCUCCCGCCAAGAAGACGGCUGCCAAGAAGGCCCCGGCCAAGAAGGCUGCGGCUAAGAAG